AUGGAGCACAUAGUUGAGUAUCACGCCAAUAAGCUGCAGUCAGAAAGAUAUGAGGAUCUGAAAGUCGCUGUAGAGUACAUUGAAGCGCUGCGGGUCGAAGCAGAUUACACUUCCGAGGCCAGGAUCAGAUUCUCCCGGCUGCUCCAGGAGCUCUUGGCUUACAAGCGCGGCGCCGUGAUCCACAAGAUUCUGCAGCAGAUGCGCAGAGCUCCUCCGAAUGCUGCAACAGAGAUCAGAAAGCUCCGAACCUACUCCACGACGGUCCUUGUCGCACUCAGCGAAAACCAGGCGGUCGCGCAGUACUGCGUGAGGGAGGAGCACAAGACGCGUGUCAUUGCGAGAGCGCUCCUGGACUCUCACACGAUCCUCAUGAACGUCGUUCCGGAUCAGCUGCGCGGAAAGAGGUACAUUCCAGAUCAUCUAGUUGAAGACCCGAGCGGAGAGGGCGAGAGAUACAAGUACCUGAAUCUGGCUGUAGAAAACGUCAGGGGCUUUGUGAACUUCUCUCGCGCUUCCAGGACGUUCCGCCUGGUUCUGCAGGAGCUGGACGGCCUCUUCCCUGCUCUCGAGAGCCUGGUCGCGCGCGAGAUCACAGAGCUUGCGAGCACAGAUAUUCUCAGGAAGACGGUGAAAUACAUGCAUCGUCUGAUGGACACGUUCGCCCUGUUUGAAGACAGCCAGCAAUGGGCCCUUGACAAGGGAAUGAUUCGGAUCCACGCAGCGAUUCAGAGGCUGCUGGGGAUGGAGGGAGUUAUUGAAGCAGACAACGCAGCCGUAGAGAUGUUCAACUAUCCGGAUCCUACCAGCGUUGCAACACGCUGGUACAUCGCAUCAGGUGAAAAGAUGCUCCUAGAUCUCGACGAGAAGAUAAGGGAGUCACGUGGAAACCGGCGGGAAGUGAAACGGCUGCGAACGGAGUACUUGGAGUCAGUCAAGGCGCACCUGACAGCAACAGGACCUGUCGCAGGAGCUGCGAACGGCCUAUUCUCCGGCGCCCCGAACCAAGAUCCUCAGACCUUUGCGAAGUCCUUAACAGCCUGGGCCAGCGGUCGAACUGGCGCGCCAAUCGUGUGCUCCUGGGAGCUGUGCGAGACUGGCUCUGUGGUGGACGCAGGCAGACCGUUCAGCAAGUGCUCGAGCUGCAUGCUGGCUUACUACUGCAGAUUCCUCUUUCUUCUGAUCAGCAAGGAACAUCAGAAGCUUCACUGGAGAAGCCACAAGAAGCACUGCCAGGACACCAAGCCCUAG